GCAAAUGGCUAGUAGAACAUAACAUUCCAUAACAAUUUCAGUACAUCAAGCAGCGCUGUAAGACCCAGUUAAACGUUAUAACGUUACAGUUGGCAAACUAACGUUAGCUAGCAGCGCUAAGACAUUGCCUAACUUUACUUCGGUAGGCUAUCCUCAGUAUUUGCAAGCUAACUAAAUAGCCCCGUGAAAUCCUCGUCAGUCGCUGUUCUUCUGAUAAAAUGACAUGUGGUCACAAUGCAGGCAGCACAGAGAGACAGGGAGACAGAGAGGCAUGGUGAAAGCAGUGGCCAGACAGGGACAUGCUCUGGACAUGCAGGUGAUCAGGUGAUCAGGUGAGAAAUGUUAUUGUGAGACUACCAGCCUUACAACAUUGGGAUUAAUCCAGACCUACAUGUCAGCUAUAAAUAAAAGUACUACUAAUAAAAGCAAAAUAUAUCCAUUACAAUGAUCAUGAAGGUCAGUCACUGUUCUUCUGAUAACAUAAUGGCAUGUGGUCACAAUGCAGGCAGCACAGGGAGACAGAGAGGCAUGGUGAAAGCAGUGGCCAGACAGAGGCAUGCUCUGGACAUGCAGGUGAUCAGGAGACUGAUAGGGAAAGAGAGCCAGAGACAGAGCCAGGCAGAGAAGGCAGUGGUCUAGAUCAGCGUAAGGAGGAGCUUGGUACCUGCCCACACCAGCCCAAUAACCGCUUUAUCGAAACUCAGUCCCUGAAAAAAAAGACUCUGAACUUUCAGGACAGUUGGUUUAGGCAGUACAAAUGGCUUCAUUACAGUCCUUCACUGAAAGGUGUGCUUUGCUUUUAUUGUGCCAAAUAUUUUGGAGACCAAAUAUCCUCUUUAGCCAGUAAGGCUGAUGGAGCUUUUACUAAAACCGGAUUCAGUAACUGGAAAAAAGCUCUCCAAAGGUUCUCUCAACAUGAAUAUUGCGAUUGCCAUUCAGCAGCAAUGACAACAUAUUUGCACCAAAAACAGCCCGUCAGUACACAACUUUCCUCUCAAUUGCAAAAGCAGCAGCAGGUGGCCAGGAAUAGUUUAUUCAAGAUUGUGGGGGGGAUGAUGUGCUUGGCCAGACAGGGAAAUGCUUUAAAGGGGCAUGACAACAAAGAGGGCAACUUCCACCAGUUGAUGAAGUACAAGGCAGAGGGUGAUGAAGAACUUUCAAGCUGGCUUCAGCGGCACAAAAACUUCACCAGCUCCAAAAUCCAAAAUGAGGUCCUUCAAAUCGUCAGCAACACAAUUGUAUGUGGAAUCACACAGGAAAUCGACUCAUUGCCAGUGGUUCAGUAUUCCCUUAUAAUUGAUGGGACACAGGAUGCAACAGGAGUUGAGCAAGAGUCCUUCUGUCUGCGUUUUGUUGAUAAAAACCUGCAGCCCAGAGAGGAAUUCAUAGGCCUGUAUCAGGUCACAUCCACUACUGGAGAAAACAUAGCUCGUGUAGCUAACGAUGUUUUGAUUCGCCUUAAUCUCCCACUUUCACAACUACGAGGUCAAACCUACGAUGGGGCAGCCAAUAUGUCUGGUAGGAUGCAAGGUGUGCAAGCUCAUCUCAAGAAAGAGCAGCCUCUUGCAGUAUAUGAUCAUUGUGGGCCGCACUGUGUAAAUUUGAUCACCCAAGCUGCCUGUGUAUCCACCCUCAUUAUAAGAGAUGCAAUGCAGUUAGUGCAUGAGUUGGGCGUUUUAUUCAAUCAGUCUGGGAAGUUCAAGGCCAUCUUCACCGCUAUAGCAAAGUCAGAUCAAACAGCUACGCAUAGAUCUCUAAAGCCUCUCUGCCCCACCAGGUGGACAGUCCGAACGCCAGCCAUGCGCUCUGUCCUCACCCAAUACGAAUCUGUGCUCACAGGCACAGAAGAAAUGUCUCAAUCCACCACAAUGGAAAUGUCUGCAAGAGCAAGUGGCCUUCAUAACAGCUUUUUGAGGGGUAAUGCCAUUCUAGGCAUCAUUCUGGCAGAAGAUGUCAUGGCUGUCAUGGAAGAGCUGAACAUUUCUCUGCAGCAGAGAAGCCAAACAACAUCAGGGAUGCUGGCUGCUGUAGACCAUGUGAAAAGAAGCAUCCAGGCUAAACAAUCUGAAGAGCACUUUGACUGGCUGUACUCCAAAGCUUCUCCGGUUGUGACAUCUCUAAAUCUGCAGCCCAUCAAGAUGCCUCAUGUGCGGAAGCCUCCAAAGCGCUUCACUGGUCCAGCCACAUCACAUUGUCACUCUACUGCCCAAGCGUACUACAGAAUGCAGUACUUUAAUACCUUGGACACUGCUGUGGUGCAAUGCAAUGAGCGCUUCAGCCAGGACGGACUUCAAAGACUUCAAAAAUUAGAGGACGUACUCAUCUCUGGGAACAUUGAUGCAGUUGUAGUUGAAUACCCAGAGUUAAAUGCCAUGGCUUUAGAAGUGCACCUGAAAAUGUUCCAGGCCAACUACAUAUGUACAACUUCCUCAGAGGUAGCAGACAUUUUCCGUGAAAUGGUGCCAGAGGUGCGAAAUCUUUUCAAACAAGUUGAGGUCCUGUUGAGACUGCUGAUGGUGGUUCCUGCCUCCUCAGCAGAGGCAGAGCAAAGUUUCAGCGCCUUGAGACGUCUGAAGACAUGGCUGAGAACAAUGAUGACGCAGACCCGGCUGAACAACGUCGCCAUUUGCCAUGUGCAUCAAGAGAAAUUGGAUGCUUUGGACAGGAAACAAAUCUGUCAGAGCUUAGUUUAGCUGAGUGAUGAACGCCUCCAGGUGUUUGGGUCAUUUAUUUAGAUGAUACCUUUCCAUCUCAGUCCUAUGCUGCCUUGUCUUAAUCUGUAGCACUUUGACACAUACCAUUUUUACACCCAUAGAAUAAUACAUCCAACACUGCAUACACUACUGACCAAUGGUGGGAAAAGUAUUUAGAUCUUUUACUUGUCCACACCCCGUACCUGUAUAAAUAAUUAUGGGGGAAAGCACCAAAGCUGCGAAGGCAGCCUAUUGUAAUUGUAGAGAUUCUUAUCUCUAUUUAUUUGCUUUUCUUUUUUGCACACUUGCCCCUCUCCAUAAGGCACCAAUUGUGCCAUUUUGCUCAGCUCCUGUUAAUCUGCUUGAAGAAAUAUUAGCCUAUACAUUUAUGUUUUGUGUCCAUUGGGUAGAUAACAGAUGUCAGAGAACCUCACAUGUUUAUUUCUCCUCUGUGUUCCAGUCAAAGAUUUCAGUGUAAAUAAUCAGACUUGCUUUUUAUAGUUAAAAUCAAGAUUUAAGUUUCAUGCUUUGUACAAGUCUCUGAUUUCAAUAACAUUAGACUAUUAGACUUUUCAUUGUUAAUACACACUUUUAUUUUGAGACAUUGACAAAAUACAAAUGAACUUGGACUUAAAAGUCCACAGCACAUUUUUUUGUUAAAGGGAAAGUCUGUCAUUUGGUCAAGUACAGGGUUAGUUGUUCUAAUUAAAAUAUUUACAUAAACAUGCUUUGGGUAUGUGUUAUUUUUCCAUUGGAAGCUAUCUUAUUUGCUACAGUACUACUGGGAAAGCAUAAUUGUAAUUGGUAGGUGUGUUUAAGGUCAGUAAACAGUAAGCAACUCACCAAAACAAAGUGGAGGGGCAGUCACUGUCUUGGAGAAAUUACACUGUUCCUUUAGAUGUGAAUUCAAAUGGUCAAUGUAGUCCUCGAAACUAUGUUCUAAAUCUGUGAAUUUUCAUAUAUAAAUAUAGAAUUGUAAGCAAUGCACUUAACAACAACAAAACCAGGGUUCACCUUAUUAGCAGACAUCUAUGUUUUUUAUUUAAUUUUUUACCAUUUCAUAAAUAAUGCUUGAGGAAAUCAGUUUGCUUCCACUUUAAAUAAAAAUAGAUAGGCUAAUAGAUUGACAAUAGUCCAAGCCCCAUGGUGCUAUCAUGUGUGCAUUAGGUUCG